AUGUCAAGAAUAUUACAUAACCGUAUGAGAUCAUCUCUGAGAAAGUCAACAGCAUGGUCAUGUGUGGACAAGCGUGCAGUAGCAUUCUCAGUUUGGACCGGACGAAGUAUGCUAUUAAGGAAACCUAUAGAUACAAGUUCUUUACAAAAGCGACGGUAUGGAAUGCUGGUUGCAAGGGCUGUCAGGGGAGUGUUGAAAAUUAGGUAUCUGCUUCUUGGAGGAGCAGUUGGUGGAGGAAUGACUUUGAAUAAGAAAUAUACAGAGUGGAAAGAUGGUCUUCCCGACAUGGGUUGGCUAAAUGACUUACUACCAGACAAUGAAAAAUGGGACCGUUUCACAACCACACUCAUAACAGCGAAGGAUAAAAUCGGAGACCAAUUGCAGAUUGGUGUGCCACUGACGCUGUCGCUACACUCAGAUCCGCGGCUACGAGACGCGGGCGCGGCGAAAGCGGCUGAGCUACGCGAAUGGUUGGCACAGCGCUACGAGGACGCCGUAGCAGCGGCUGCAGCUAAUAAUGCUACGCAGAUGGAAUCGGCACCAAAAAUCAUCAACAACUUGCAAAGUCGACCAGCGCCGAGUCCUACUCGCGGCUCAGGCGAGGAGUCAACUACAUACGAGAAAAGAGUUCACGCACUGCAAGAGGAAGUGCUAGCUCUUCAAGCUCGAUACCAACGCGAAAUACAACGCCUAGAACAAGAGAACAGAGAACUGAGGCAACAGAAUAUGUUACUACGCCAGGGAAGACAACCUCCUACUAGGAAAGUAAAGCGUUCCCUCAUCGAUAUGUACUCUGCCGUCCUCGAUGAACUGGCAGGAUGGGAUGCUGGUGAGACGGACAGGUUGCCUCGCGUGGUUGUGGUGGGUGAUCAGUCUGCGGGGAAGACCUCAGUGCUGGAGAUGAUAGCGCAGGCCAGGAUAUUUCCUAGGGGAGCUGGCGAGAUGUGUACCAGGGCGCCUGUAAAAGUGACGUUAUCCGAAGGUCCUUACCACGUGGCGCAGUUCCGUGACUCGUCGAGAGAAUUCGAUCUCAAUAAAGAAUCGGAUUUAGCUGAUCUCAGAAAGGAGGUAGAGUUGAGAAUGCGUAACAGCGUCCGAGGCGGACGCACGGUGUCUACUGAUGUCAUAUCCAUGACUGUGAAAGGCCCUGGACUACAUCGGAUGGUGUUAGUGGACUUGCCAGGAGUUAUAUCCACACAAACUGUAGAUAUGGCGGCAGACACUCGCGAUGCCAUCAAGCAGAUGACCAAGCAGUACAUGGAUAAUCCCAACGCCAUCAUACUAUGCAUACAGGAUGGUUCAGUGGACGCUGAGCGCAGUAAUGUAACAGAUCUGGUGUCCUCCUGCGACCCUCAGGGUAAGAGGACCAUAUUCGUUCUUACCAAAGUGGACCUUGCUGAGGAGAACCUCGCUAACCCUAACCGGAUCCGUCGUAUCCUGGAAGGAAAGUUGUUCCCUAUGCGUGCAUUGGGAUACUACGCGGUAGUUACGGGACGUAGUAGGCGUGACGACAGUAUACAGAGCAUCAGGGAAUACGAAGAACGAUUCUUCAGAUCCUCAAAACUAUUCAAGGACGGUAUAGUGACGCCUUCGCAAGUAACUACUCGCAAUCUAUCGUUGGCGGUGGCGGAUUGUUUCUGGCGUAUGGUGAGAGCUUCUGUCGAACAGCAAGCUGAUGCGUUCAAGGCCACCCGCUUUAAUUUGGAGACCGAGUGGAAGAAUACAUUCCCCAGACAACGCGAGUUGGAUCGCGACGAGUUAUUCGAGCGGGCGCGUGCUGAGUUGCUCGACCAGUCGGCCGAGUUAUCCGCCGUGCCCGCCCCUAUAUGGGAACAACGGUUGCAGCAAGCGUUAUGGGACGUAGCCAGAGACAGAGUGUUCCAACAGAUAUAUCUACCGGCCGCCGCGCAAGCUCACGACGAUGUCGACAAAUUCAACACUAGCGUCGAUAUAAAGCUCCGCGAAUGGGCCGAGAAUGAACUACCCUCACAAUCUGUACGAGCUGCUAGGGAGGCGCUCGGGGCGGAAUUCAGGGCGUUGAUGUCCCGACAAGCUGAAUCCGACCCAAUAUACAUGCCUCUGAAACAGGCAGCAGUAGAACAAGCGCUAGAAAGGCAUCAGUGGGAAGAUAGAGCUACAGACGUGUUGCGCGUACUGCAGCUGAACGCAUUACAAGACAGAUGCGUAUCGUUGCGUGCGGACUGGGACUCCGCUGUACAACUGAUGGAGACCGCUCUUGGAGAUAAGCUCACCGACACAGACCGAAUAAUUAAAGAGCUCACAGGCCCAGGGUUCAAGGAGCGCUGGUUAUACUGGCGGUCCAGUACUGAGGAACAGAGACGUCGCGCCGAAGUACGGGCAGAGCUGGAACAUCUGGGCUCCAGCAGGCCGGUGCUCGCUUACGACGAGUUGGUAGCCGUCAGGGAUAACUUGCGAAGGAGAGGGGUCGAAGUCGAUAACGACUACAUCAGGGAAACCUGGAAACCUGUAUACAUGAAAAAUUUCCUGCAGCGAGCUCAAACAAGAGCUAGAGACUGCAAAAAAAGCUUCUAUUUGUACAGUCAACAAAACGGAAACGAGAAAGAAUGUUGCGAGGUGGUAAUGUUCUGGCGGGUACAGUCAACGCUGAGAACUACUGCAAAUGCACUGAGACAACAGAUCGGCAACAGAGAGGCCGCCAGGCUAGAUAGGCAUCUCAGGGAGGUGCUCGAUGAGAUGGCGGCAGACCCUGAACUUAAGAAAAAAUUAUUAUCUGGACGACGUGUGGAAUUAGCCGAGGAACUAAAACGAGUGAGACAAGUCCAAGAGCGAUUGGAAGAAUUUAUAGAGGCAUUAAACAAAGAGAAAUAG